CUGCAGAACAUGGAGAUGGUGCCAGUGCCCACCAAAAGCUACGGCAACUUCUACGAGGGGGAUUGCUACAUCCUGCUCUCGGUAGGGCAGCCUGCGGUCCUGUGGGGGACUGGGGAUGACUCGAGCCAGGACGAGCAAGGGGCGGCCGCCAUCUACACCACCCAGAUGGAUGACCACCUGGGCACGGUGGCCGUGCAGCACCGUGAGGUCCAGGGCCAUGAGAGCGAGACCUUCCGUGCCUACUUCAAGCAGGGACUCAUCUAUAAGAAGGGCGGAGUGGCCUCGGGCAUGAAGGACGUGGAGACAAACACCUACAACGUCCAGCGCCUGCUGCAUGUGAAAGGCAAGAAGAACGUGGUGGCACAGGAGGUGGAGAUGAGCUGGAAAAGCUUCAACCGGGGUGACGUGUUCCUGCUGGACCUGGGCCAGCUCAUCGUCCAGUGGAACGGCCCUGAAAGCAACCGAAACGAGAGGCUGAAGGCGAUGACUCUGGCCAAGGACAUUCGGGACCGGGAGCGUGGGGGCCGUGCCAAGGUGGGCGUAGUGGACGGUGAGGACGAGGGGGCCUCGCCGGAGCUCAUGCAGGUCCUCAAGCAUGUGCUGGGUGAGAAGGGGGACAUCAAGGCAGCCACUCCUGAUGACAAAGUGGACCAGAAGCUCAAGUCCUCCCUCAAGCUCUACCACGUCUCCAAUGCCAGAGGGAACCUGGUCAUACAGGAGGUGGCUAUUCGACCCCUGACUCAAGACAUGCUCCUGCAUGAGGACUGCUACAUCCUUGAUCAAGGAGGUCUCAAGAUCUUCGUGUGGAAGGGCAAGAAUGCCAACAAGGAGGAGAAGCAGCAGGCGAUGAACAGGGCACUGGGCUUCAUCAAAGCCAAGAACUACCCAACCAGCACCAGUGUGGAGACAGAGAAUGAUGGGUCUGAGUCGACCAUCUUCAGGCAGCUGUUCCAAAAAUGGACCGUUCCCAAUCAGACCAGUGGGUUGGGCAAGACCCAUACUGUGGGCAAAGUGGCCAAGGUGGAGCAGGUGAAGUUUGAUGCCACCACGCUGUACGCCAAGCCUCAGAUGGCUGCCCAGCAGAAGAUGGUGGAUGAUGGAUCUGGGGAGGUGGAGGUCUGGCGCGUGGAGAACCAGGAGCUGGUGCCCGUGGAGAAGAAGUGGCUGGGCCAUUUCUACGGCGGGGACUGCUACCUGAUACUCUACACCUAUUUUGUGGGGCCCAAGGUGAACCGCAUCAUCUACCUCUGGCAGGGCCGCCAAGCCAGCACGGAUGAGCUGACCGCCUCCGCCUACCAAACCGUCAUCCUGGACCAGAAGUACAACAACGAGCCCGUGCAGGUCCGCGUCACCAUGGGCAAGGAACCGGCCCACCUGAUGGCCAUCUUCAAGGGCAAGAUGGUUGUGUAUGCGGGUGGCACCUCGCGGGCAGGCAGCAAGGAACCCACACCCUCCACCCGCCUCUUCCAUGUGCACGGCACCAAUGAGUACAACACCAAGGCCUUCGAGGUGUCUGUCCGCGCCUCCUCCCUCAACUCCAACGAUGUCUUUGUGCUCAAGACUCCCAGCUGCUGCUACCUCUGGUAUGGGAAGGGCUGCAGUGGGGACGAGCGUGAGAUGGGCAAGACGGUAGCCGACAUCAUCUCCAAGACAGAGAAGCUAGCGAUUGCAGAGGGACAGGAGCCACCUGAGUUCUGGCUGGCCCUGGGGGGCAAGUCUCAGUAUGCCAACAGCAAGAGGCUGCAGGAGAAGAACCCCUCCAUAUCCCCCCGACUCUUUGAGUGCUCCAACAAGACAGGCACCUUCUUGGCCACAGAGAUUGUAGACUUCACUCAGGAUGACCUGGAGGAGGAUGACGUUUACCUGCUGGACACCUGGUUUCAGGUUUUCUUCUGGAUUGGGAAAGGCGCCAACGAGUCGGAGAAGGAGGCGGCGGCGGUGAUGGCGCAGGAGUACCUGCGGGACCACCCCAGUGGGCGUGACCUCGACACCCCCAUCAUCGUGGUGAAGCAGGGCCACGAGCCCCCCACCUUCACCGGCUGGUUCCUGGCCUGGGACCCUCUCAAUUGGGCCGACAAGAAAUCCUACGAGGUGCUGAGAGCCGAGCUGGAGGACAAGAGCAGCCUUGGGCAGCUCACCUCAAUGCUCUCAUCCAAGCAAGAGGUCUUCACCCCCACCACCACCCUCCUCCCCGACAAACUGGACACCUUCCCCCUGCAUGUGCUGGUGAAUACCUCAGCCGAGGACCUGCCACGGGGUGUGGAUCCCAGCAGGAAGGAGUAUUACCUCUCCAACGAGGACUUCCAGGCUGUUUUCGGUAUGAGCCGCCCCGCCUUCAGCACCCUGCCCUUGUGGAAACAACAGAAGCUCAAGAAGGACAAAGGACUCUUCUAG